UUCGCCCCAGCCGCCGGUUGCGCUUCCCGCGCCUCUCUCCACUCGGCUGGCUGCGACGCGCCCCGACGGCGGCGCCCACCGCUUCCCGCCGUCCUCCCUCCCUGUCCCUUCCCGUCCCACGAAGGGGGUGGGCUCGGCCGGGACAGCGCCUCCUCCGAGACACGAUGUUCGCAUCCAAGUCCAACUCCGUGUCGCCAUCGCCGUCCCUGGAGCAGGCCGACGCGGACGCGCUGGACAUCAGCACUAAAGUGCAGCUCUACGGGGUUCUGUGGAAGCGGCCGUUCGCGAGGUCGUCCGCCAAGUGGUCCCGGCGGUUCUUCAUCAUCAAAGAGAGCUUUCUGCUUUACUACUCUGAGAGUGAGAAAAAGAACUUUGAAACCAAUAAAUACUUCAAUAUACAUCCUAAGGGUGUCAUCCCCCUAGGCGGCUGCCUGGUGGAGGCCAGAGAAGAGCCCAGCAUGCCCUAUGCCAUGAAGAUCUCCCAUCAGGACUUCCAUGGGAAUGUCUUGUUGGCUGCUGAGUCUGAGUUUGAGCAGACACAAUGGCUUGAGAUGCUGCAGGAGUCUGGGAAGGUGACGUGGAAAAAUGCCCAGCUAGGAGAAGCUAUGAUCAAAAGCCUGGAAGCGCAGGGCCUACAGCUGGCCAAGGAGAAGCAGGAAUAUUUAGACAAGUUGAUGGAAGAGACAGAAGAACUGUGCCUUCAGAGGGAGCAGAGAGAGGAGCUUGAGCGUCUGAACCAGGUGCUGGAGGCUGAAAAGCAGCAGUUCGAGGAGGUGGUGCAAGAGCUGAGAGUGGAGCAAGAGCAGAUCAAGAGGGAGCUAGAACUCACUGCAAGGUGCCUGAAGGGUGUGGAACAGGAGAAGAAGGAGCUGAGGCAUCUCACAGAAUCCUUACAGCACACGCUGGAGGAACUCUCCAUAGAGAAGAAGAAAACCCUAGAGAUGCUGGAGGAAGAUAAGAACCAGCCACAGCCGUUGACCAAUCAGAGUGAGCAGCCUCCUGCCAGUGAUGAUCUCCAUAGCAACCUCAGGCAGAUCGAAGAGCGGAUACAGGAGCUUCUGGCAGAGAAGCUUCUGGCAGAGAAGCGGAUGAAGGAGAAUGAGGAACGUUCGAGAGCCCUUGAGGAGGAACGGGAGUUCUACUCCAGCCAGUCCCAAGCCCUGCAGAACUCGCUGCAGGAGCUGACUGCAGAGAAGCAGCAGGCCGAGCGGGAGCUCAAGGCUGAGGUGAAGGUGCGCAUGGACCUGGAGAGGCGACUUCGGGAGGCAGAGGCGGCCUUGCGGAGCCUGGAACAAGGCCUCAAUUCCAAGAUCCGGAACAAGGAGAAGGAAGAGAGGAUGCGGGCUGACGUGAGCCACCUGAAAAGGUUCUUCGAGGAGUGCAUCCGGAACGCGGAGCUGGAGGCCAAGAUGCCAGUCAUCAUGAAGAACUCCGUGUACAUCCAUAAGGCGGCCACUCGCCGCAUCAAGAGCUGCCGGUUCCACCGCCGCCGGUCCAGCACUUCCUGGAAUGACUUGAAGCCAUCCCAGUCCUUCAUGACCUCCCAACUAGAAGCCAACAACAUAGAGGAGCUGAAGGAAGUGGCCAAGCGGCUAAGCCGAGACCAGCGCUUCCGGGAAUCCAUCUACCACAUCAUGGCCACCCAGCCUGGGGCCUCUGCGCUCCCCCGGGGUGGAAAGUGAUUGGGAACUCCUCCUCUGCCUCCCAUCGUUCCUUGGUGGGACAGGAGGAAGGCCGGACUCCCCCUGGCUCCUCUUCAUCAGAGCACCACUGGGCGAGGGGUGCCCUCAUUUUCAAAGGAAGUGAUACCUCCCUCUGCCUCACCUGGAGCCCUGACCUCAGAGGUCAGAAGAGAGUAUUGGAUCCCCUGGAACUGGAGUUGUGGGUGGUUGUGAGCCGCUAUGUGGGCGCAGGGCGUCAGAGCUGGGUCCUCUGGAAGAGAAACAAGUGCUCUUAACCACUGAACUAUCUCUCCAGACCUGAGCCCUGACCUUGGGUCUACGCUAGGUGGGAUGGGUCCACACCUGGUGGUCAUGAUGAGGCCUGACUGUGUGUGGUAUCUGUUGAUCAGGAAGAAAUGAUGUCUACUCCAUGAGGGUAGGCAGGGCCUUGCCCACUGUCAAGGACUGAAAAGCUUCUCUGGUACCCACCAUUCCCCUCUGUGACUGCUGCUCAGCCUCUGGUCACAUGACACCCUUAGCUUCCUCUUUACUCCUGGUCCUCCAAUAUAUUUGUCGGGGACCUGUACUUAUUCCAUGUGCUUGGAGAGGGAAGAGCAGGCCCUAAGACACAACCCCAGGGCCACAGCACCCCUUACCUUCUCUGCGGUAUCCUACUUCCUGGGGGCUGUCCUGGCUGCCAGCCACCUGGCUUCUCCAUCUAUAGCAUCAGCAACCCACUAGAGGGUACAGGAGAAGUGCGUGAUCCCAUUUUUUUGUUUUUUUUUCCCAGCCUUGACUGAGAGCUCUUGACCCUCAGGCUUUCCCAAAGUACACAGCCAGACCAGGAGUGAAGGGGCCAGGCCUUUUGUAUUAGCCACACUCAGGCGGAGGGCGCUAACAGCCAGACCAGGAGUGAAGGGGCCAGGCCUUUUGUAUUAUCCACACUCAGGCGGAGGGAGCUAUCGCUGCCUCAGGCUCUCCUGCUGUUUUGAGAUCCCCAAGGUCCGGCUCCUCCCCAGCUGACUCACCUUGCUGCCUCCUCUUGUAACAGAUGUGAUGCAGCAGUUAAGAGUGCUCGCCUCCCUUGCAGAGGACCCAGACUUGCUUCCCAGUGCCCACAGGGCAGCUCACAACCAUCUGUAACUUCAUUUGCCAGGAACCCAACACCCUCUUCCGACCCCCACAGGCACUGGGCACUCACAUGGUGCAUGUACAUACAAGCAGACAAAAACAUUCAUACACAUAAAAUAAAUCUUAAAAAAAAAAUAGUUUGAAAGGGGCUGGGUGCUAAGACAUCGGUAAAAUAAAGCCAUCCGUUUUCUGUUCAGAUGACUGAAGGGUUCUGAAGGAGAGACCUUUGCCAAGGUCUGGGCUUCGCUGUUCUCAGUGGUCCCUUCUUAGGUUGUGGUCUCGGGUGCGGUGCUUUGGAAUCAGUGCGCCUGUGUGUAAAAUACAAAGCUCUGAAUGUGUAUAAACCUGCAUAAACCUGAGGCUUGUCUCUAAAGAAUGUACGUGGAGUGGACUUUGAAAUGAAGAUUUAU